AUGGCUCGAUUCAAACCGGGAGUAAAGGGAAAGGCGAAAGCAAAAACUAAAGCUAAACCAAAGACUGCUAAAGAGAAGAGCAAGGUUCGAGCAAAUUUGUCGCGGCAGGGUGAUAUACAUCGUGGGCCUAAACUCGCAGUACCUGCAGAUACCAAAAGUAGAGCCGCGAAACAACCAAUCGUUAUAGAUUUAACAUCUUCAUCUCCUCCUCCUUCUGCCGAGAAAGCCCCUCCUCCGCGUCCCCCAAAAAUCAUCGCAACACCGCAUAAACAAAAACACAAACUCGCUCUCUCUUCAUUAUCAACAAGCGAACGAUCUCCCGGCAUCCACUCCCCCAUAACCCGCUCGCUUUCUCUCUCCCUCUCGAAACCUCUUAUCCCUGAAUUCAACAUCUCGACUCGGAAGAGUACUACUGCUACCCAGCCUCCGGAAUAUUACAUCCAAUCGCAUCAUGUCAAAGAUAUCACGCCUGGUACCAUCGUGUGGCUCCCGUCGAAAGAAGAUAUUGUGCAUAAUGCGUACGUGGAUCCGAAGUUGCAUGUUAAUGCGUUUGAUCACCCGGCUGUCAUUGUGAGUAUGCCGAAUCCGGCGAAUGGGUUUUCGGUGGUGGAGAUUGCGAUUAUGACCUCCCUCGGCUCCCGCACUCUCCACGAAACUAAGAAACUCGGCCACCGAUCCCUUCUCUUCCGGGUGCGCACCACACAACUCCCGAGCGCAAAAGUAGACAUCACGUUCAAAGAUGGGAAAGGAAUGAAGGGGAAAUAUAGCUUUGUCAACUGUCGCGAGUCGUGGCGGGUGCAAAUCGGCACGUUGGGGUUUUAUGCAAGGGGAAGGGGAGUAGGGGCGGGGAAGGAAGUAGAUUGGUUAAGAUUGACGACGGCGAGUUUGGAAAAGUUGAGAGCGAGUAUUGGUUGUGGGAAGGGGUUGUGGGGUGAGUGGCGGAGGGGAGGCGUGGGGUGGGGUGGGUUGGGUUGA